CGUAAAAUGAGAGAUGUAAUGAGAGUGCAGUUGCCGUAUCUGAGUCUUGUUGUCAUUCGCGCUGUGCUAAGUUCGGACAUUAGCACGCGAAUCUUGUAAGCGAGCACCGUCACAGGGGAGAGCACAAGCUACAGGCUGAAUCAGGAAGGAAAGAUACGAGGACUUUGCUGGAGAGUAGCUUCUACAAAAGGUCAGGGUACAGUGAGCUCACCUCCAGACAACAGCCAUCAUGAAGCAGGGGAAGCAGCUCUUGAUUGCUGUCCUGCUGACACUUUGUGCCACAUGGAGUGCAAAUGGAGGAAACAUUUUGGUGUGGUACACUGAGGGCAGCCACUGGAUUAACAUGAAGCCUUUGCUGGAGACACUGAUCGACAGGGGACACAAGGUGACAGUUCUUGUGCCGAGCUCUUCAAUGUUCGUGAACAUCAGUGAGCCUUCACGCUUCAGCUAUGAACGGUUCAACGUCUCUGUUACAAAGGGGGAGAUGGAGAAGGUAAUGGAAGAGAUUGUUCAUUUUUUUAUAUAUGAAGCUGACCAUAUGAGUUACUGGCAGAUUUACAAGAGAUUCAUGGAGGUAAUAAAGAUCAACAUGGAGAACACUAAGAAGCUUUUAGAUGGAGUGUUGAAAUCAGACACCAUCAUGAUGAAGCUGAAGGAGGGAAAGUACGAUCUUCUCUUUUCUGACCCCGUCUUCCUAGGCAGUGACUUAGUAGCAGAUAUAUUAGGAGUCCCUCUGGUUUUGACUCUUCGUUUUUCUAUGGCCAAUAACUUGGAGAGACAAUGCGGUCAAAUACCAGCACCACCUUCAUUUGUCCCCGGCACUAUGAGCAAACUGACUGAUAAGAUGACCUUCAUGGAGAGAGUCUGGAACUUUCUCUUUUACCAAAUGCAGGACAUCAUGAUAGCAUAUUACGCGGGGCCAGAAGUGGAUAAAUAUUACUCAGACUACACAGGAAAACCCACCAGUGCCUGUGAGUUGAUAGGUAAAGCUGAUAUCUGGUUGAUGCGAACCUACUGGGAUUUUGAGUUCCCCCGGCCUUUCCUCCCAAACUUCAAAUUUGUUGGUGGAAUUCACUGCAGACCUGCUAAACCUUUGCCAAAGGAUAUGGAAGAUUUUGUGCAAAGCUCUGGAGACGCUGGCGUUGUGAUCUUCUCUUUGGGAUCAAUGAUCAAAAACAUGACAAGAGAAAAAGGAAACAUGGUAGCCGCUGGACUUGCUCAGAUCCCUCAAAAGGUGCUGUGGAGAUACAGUGGAGAAAAACCAGAAACUCUUGGUGCCAACACCAGAAUCUACAACUGGAUCCCUCAGAAUGAUCUUUUGGGUCACCCCAAGACCAGAGCUUUUAUCACCCAUGGUGGAGCAAAUGGGAUUUACGAGGCCAUCUACCACGGUGUUCCCAUGGUGGGCAUUCCCUUGUUGGUUGACCAGCCAGACAACAUGGUCCAUCUGAUGGCAAAGGGAGCUGCAGUUACCUUGGAAAUCAACUACAUGACAUCUGAAGAUCUUAGAGAUGCAGUCAAUACUGUCAUCAAUGAUAAAUCAUACAAAGAGAAUGCCAUGCGGCUGUCCAGAAUCCACCAUGACAGACCAAUGAGUCCUCGAGAUGAAGCUGUUUUCUGGAUUGAAAACACCAUGAGAAACAAAGGGGCCAAGCACCUCAGGGUGCAGAGCCAUGAGCUCACCUGGUAUCAGUAUCACUGUCUGGAUGUCCUGGCAUUUUUCCUCUCCAUUCUUCUGUUGUUGAUAUUUAUCUUUAUCAAGACCUGCAGAUUCUGCUUCAGGAGAUGCUGUGGGACAACAAGUACAACAAAGAGAAAGCUGGCCAUCAUGAAGCAAGGGAAGCAGCUCUUGAUUUCUGUCCUGCUGACACUAUGUGCCACAUGGAGUGCAAAUGGAGGAAACGUUUUGGUGUGGUACACUGAGGGCAGCCACUGGAUUAACAUGAAGCCUGUGCUGGAGACACUGAUCGACAGGGGACACAAGGUGACAGUGCUUGUGCCGAGCUCUUCAGUGUUCAUGAACAUCAGUGAGCCUUCACGCUUCAGCUAUGAACCGUUCAACGUCUCUGUUACAAAGGGGGAGAUGGAGAAGUUAAUGGAAGACAUUUUUCAGUUUUUUAUAAAUGAAGCUGACCAUGUGAGCUAUUGGCAGAUCUACAACAGAGUCAUGGAGAUAAUAAAGAUCAUCAGUGAUAAAACAAUGAAGCUUUUAGAUGGAGUGCUGAAAUCAGAAACCAUCAUGACAAAGCUGAAGGAGGGAAAAUAUGAUCUUCUCUUUUCUGACCCCAUAUACGCAGGCAGUGACUUAGUAGCAGAUAUAUUAGGAGUCCCCCUGGUUUUUACUCUUCGUUCUUCUAUGGCCAAUAACUGGGAGAGACAAUGCGGUCAGAUACCGGCACCACCUUCAUUUGUCCCCGGCAUGAUGAGUAAAAUGUCUGAUAAGAUGACCUUUAUGGAGAGAGUGUGGAACUUUCUCUUUUACCAAAUGCAGGACAUCGUGAUGGCAAACAACAUAUGGAAAAAAAUGGAUAAAUAUUACUCAGACUACAGAGGAAAACCCACCAGUGCCUGUGAGUUGUUAGGUAAAGCUGAUAUCUGGUUGAUGCGAACCUACUGGGAUUUUGAGUUCCCUCGACCUUUCCUCCCAAACUUCAAAUUUGUUGGUGGAAUUCAUUGCAGACCUGCUAAACCUUUGCCAAAGGACAUGGAGGAGUUUGUGCAAAGCUCUGGAGACGCUGGCGUUGUGGUCUUCACUUUGGGAUCAAUGGUCAAAAACAUGACAAGAGAAAAAGGAAAUAUGAUAGCCACUGGACUUGCUCAGAUCCCUCAAAAGGUGCUGUGGAGAUACAGUGGAGAAAAACCAGAAACUCUUGGUGCAAACACCAGACUCUACAACUGGAUCCCCCAGAAUGAUCUCUUGGGUCACCCCAAGACCAGAGCUUUCAUCACCCAUGGUGGAACAAAUGGGAUUUACGAGGCCAUCUACCAUGGUGUUCCCAUGGUGGGUAUUCCCUUGUUUGGUGACCAGCCAGACAACAUGGUCCAUAUGAUGGCUAAGGGAGCUGCAGUUACCAUGGAAAUCAACUUCAUGACGUCUGAAGAUCUUAGAGAUGCAGUCAAUACUGUCAUCAAUGAUAAAUCGUACAAAGAGAAUGCCAUGCGGCUGUCCAGAAUCCAUCAUGACAGACCAGUGAGUGCUCGAGAUGAAGCUGUUUUCUGGAUCGAGAGCACCAUGAGAAACAAAGGGGCCAAGCACCUCAGGGUGCAGAGUCACAAGCUCACCUGGUAUCAGUAUCACUGUCUGGACGUCCUGGCAUUUUUCCUCUCCAUUGAUCUGUUGCUGAUAUUUAUCUUCAUCAAGACCUGCAGAUUCUGCUUCAGGAGAUGCAGUGGGACAAAAAGUACAACAAAGAGAAAGGCUGAGUGACACAGUUUAAAUGAGGUCCAGGGGUUGUCUCGAACAUGUUUUGUGUCCAGAGAAAGACAACGUUCAUUGCUUUGGACUUCAAACAACUAACUGAGACAAGAACUUUGAGGAAGACUGUCUAAAAUGGGUCUAAGUAUCAGGUAUUGGUGUGAAAUGUGAUGCUUUUUGAAAGGAGCCAUCAUCAGCAUGACUGAGUUAAGAAGAAAUCUUUGCUGAACUACUGUACUGUUAGCCUCUAUGUGAACUAUAACCACAUAUUCAAUUUACAACAUAUGAAAGUCUUUUUGUUCUUUGCUUUGUCAGUAAUCAGUAAUUAAAUUCUUGUUUGCUACUAACUGCAUAUUCAGUGGCAAACACUAUAGAGCAGUUUGUCACUGAAAUCUGAAUGUUGAUUGCUGUUUUAAAAAUAAAAAGCACACAACAUGGGAAGAUGGAACAUUGCACAAUAUUAGAUUUUUUUAUGCUUUAAUUUACAAACUCAUUUCAGCCAAUACAAAUAUGUUCACCAUAUUUAUUGUGAAGACCAUUAAGUCACUGCCGUGCUAGAAUUUAAUUGUUACUCUUAUUUGUCACAGUAUUGUUUUAAAACAGACAUAAACAAAACAAACAUUCUUUUCUUUUCUCUGCGUUAAACUGCAUAAACUUAAUGCUUCAUCUUGCAGAUAUUGUAGAUGUGAUGUCAUUGUGGGCAGAAUCACUGCAAUUCCACUCGCUGAGUGGCAUAAAGCACAUACUGAGACAGGAAGCUUGCAAAAUAAGCUGAAAAUAACAGACUUCACAGUAAUCAUUUCCUGAGAAUGUUCUUUGCAGACAGUAUAGAUUCUCUGUUCUCAUAUUUUGAAUGAAAGGUACUGAACCACAAUGAAAAUCAUGGGGCUAAGCUGCAGUUACGGUAACUAUCACUUCCUGUAUGUAUCAUAUCACAGAGCUACAUGCAUUCUGCUAAGUAUGAAUAUAAUAUGAUUCUAACGCUUUCUCUUUCCUCUUUUCUAUUUACCUCAAACAGAAAUCAAGAGCAUUCAUCUAUAAGAUGACCCAUUAUGUUAUCGCCCUACAUUCUGCCAAUAAAAAUAAUUAACUUUUAAAGUUAUUCUAUGAGAAACAAACGUGUUGAUAAAAUCAUGAACUCUUAGCUGUAUUUGCAUAAAUUAAUAUUAAUUUCCAUACCAUCAGAACAAAUCUGAGAGCUUGACUGAAAUGAAUAUUGCAGUAAA